GCUGGACACGCUCUGCGAUCGCGUAUCUAUCGAUCACCGCAGCAAGACCUUGAAUGUCAUGGCACCAACCUACCUCGACAUCGCGCCAGAUCGGAACCCGCGACAUAGUAAGGACUUCAUUCAAGUCGGGUGCGGUGAGUUGGACACCCAAUUCCGAACGGCGGAGACGGAGAAAAAGGGGUCUCCCGCUGCGAUAGAAGCAAAGGUGAUAGUUUACCGGGGUUUUAAGAGUUGGAUCAUGAACUCCAAUGUCUCUGCUGGGUGUCCUCUUGAAGACUCAGAUGACCUAGAGGCUAUUGCCUGCCUGCAAGGAUACAACGACUAGCGCAACUACGCACCCAACAGCCGUUCGCCGGACUACAGUCUCUUCCCCCACCAGGUCAUUUCUAAAUAUCCGGCUUCCCUCGCUUUCCGCUUGAACAGGUC